UAAAUACUGUUCUGGAGGUCAGUAUUUUAUCCUUUCUACGUCAUUUAAAAAAUGCUAGUAAUUCUAUAAUUGGCUUUUUAAUGGCUAUAAACUGUUCUGUUGAAGGGAUGUGUUUAAUUUACCAAACUGUUCACCUGCUGAUUGUACAUAUAACUUAUUUCUAGUUUUUAAAAAGUUUACCAAAAUUUCUGUGGUUAAUAUAAAGUUUUUAACAAAGAUUCUUAGCAUUGGAAUUUCUAUAUCAACGAGAAUGAAAAAUUUUAAUUGUAUAGAUAAUUCGAAUAAAUUGCCCUCUAGAAAGAAUGUAUAGAUAAUAUCCUCUGCUACCCCUCUGCCUGCAUAAUAUAAUGGCUAAUAUUCCUUAAGUGUGUUUAUUUUACUUGGGAAUGAUGCCAAACAGUAAUAAUAGCAUACCUCACCAUUUAAUUACUCUGAAAUGCUCUUUGUUUUUUAAUGAAAUAUUUGCAUACAUUUGAAGCCUCACCCCUUAUCUCCUCCCAACUAGAGGCAGCCACAUUCCCUGGCCGCUGUGGGCAUCUAUGUUCACAGAGCCCCGUUCUCAGCAUCGGCCACGCCCCUUCAACAGGUCUCAGACCAGCCUUAUUCAUUCCCAUCCCCCCUUUACCUCUUUCCCAAAUUUCAUCAGGACUCGAAGUCUCCGUGUUUUGUCCAGGAUCUGACCGCCGCCUUUAUACCGUGUUUCAACUCCUACAAACUUCGUUGGUCGUCCAGAGUUUCCCCCUAACGCUAGCUCCUCAGGUCUCUCUGCCGUACGGAACUGCACUUCCUGUAAGAUGGCCGCCCCCAUAGUGCGCCUCCAUCCUGGCUCACUGGCGCCGCCAUCUCUCCGGUUUGGCCCGAAAGACAGACUCUAGCUAGUGCCGCCACAGCCUGGGAUAGGGUCCAGCCUCUAGAAACUUAUUCAACACAGUGCUUCCGAUCGACAACAAGGAGGGAAAGGGAAGGAGGUGUCCAAAAGUGAUUUCAGUUCUUCCCGCUCUGAGCCGUAGCCUCCCUGAUGACCGUUUCCUCUCCAUUCGCUGAGAUGGGCGUGGCCACGUUACGUCAUAGUUCUGGUCUCGGGACCAGAACUCCAACAUCCCAAAACGCUCUGAGGUCGGGUCGGACCAGAAGCGUCCCUAGCGACAGCGCGGGAGUGGGAGUCAUUUUGGAAGUGAAUUCAGUCUUUGGCAGCUGCCGGGAGCCUUGAGAAUCUCAGCAUCAGUGCCAGGUCUUAGUUGCGGCAGCUGGGAUCUUCGUUGCCACAUGCAGGAUCUUCUUUGUGGCAUGUGGGAUCUUAGUUGCAGCAUGCAGGAUCUAGUUCCCUGACCAGGAAUGGAACCCAGGUCGCCUGCAUUGGGAUCUUGGUGUCUUAACAACUGAACCACAAGGGAAGUUCCCUAAAAUGAUUACAGAUUUUCUUAAUGGUUGCAGUAAUGUCAUGUUAGAAUCAAGUGAAGUAAGGCGAAGGAAGUUCCAGGACCAGGAAAGCAUUACUUUUGGGCAUACCAUUAAUUGGAGAUGUGAGCUCUAUGACCAGAAUUUGAGUGACAAUCUAGAAGAGUGAAAAAAGAAGAAUCCCAGUUCCGGUAUUUUCUAAGAACAGAAGAAAAUGACCAAGGUCCAGGGAUCAUUAUUAUUUGAAGAUGUAGCUGUGGAGUUCACACAGGAGGAGUGGAGGCUACUCAACCCUGCUCAGAAGGACCUGUACCAGGAUGUGAUGCUGGAAAACUAUAGCAACCUGUUGUCCGUGGGGUAUCAAAGUCCCAAACUAACUGAAAUCUUCAAGUUGAAGCAAGGAGACAGACCAUGGAUAGCAAAGGAAAAUACCCAUGCUCAGAACUUUCCAGAAGCUGGAGAAGUUGGUGAACAUAUGCAGUGGUCCUUGGAAGUCCAAAACAAGCGUAAAAAUAUGGAAAGAGGCCGUGAAAACAGUUCAUCACGAAAUAUGUUUCAUCUGCGCAGAAAUCUUGUUACUUUAAGGCAAAGCCAUAAGUUUGACAUACUGAACUCUAAUGUAGAUUUAAUGAACCAGAAUAAACGCUGUGUAGCAAAGAACCCUGACAAGUUUAAUAAAUAUGAGAAAUCAUUCCUUCGUACUAAGCAUGAAAAACGUUACACUGGGAUUAAAUGCAAUAAAUAUGGAAACACCAUCUGCACCAAUUCAAAAUUCAAUGUACAUCAGACUGAAAAAGGAAAGAAACAUGAGUGUAUUGAAUGUGGUAAAACCUUCAUCAAAAAGUCUCAACUCACUGUACAUCAGAGAACUCACACAGGAGAGAAACCGUAUAAAUGCCUUAAAUGUGGUAAAGCCUUCUGUAGGAAAGCAGAGCUCAAUAUACAUAUGCAGGUUGAAAGAGGAAUAAAACCCCAUGCUUGUAGUGAGUGUGGGAAAACCUUCUCCAGGAAGUCUCAGCUCCUUGUACAUCAGAAAACUCACACGGGAGAGAAACCCUAUACAUGCAGUGAAUGUGGAAAAGGCUUCAUCCAGAAGGGUAACUUCCUUAUACAUCAGCGAAUUCAUACUGGAGAGAAGCCCUAUGGAUGCAAGGAAUGUGGUAAAGCCUUCAGUCAUAAGCCAUGUCUUGUUGCACAUCAGGUAUUUCACACUGGAAAUCCUCCCUAUAUAUGCAGUGAAUGUGGAAAAGCCUACUUUCAGAAGUCAAGUCUCAUUAGACAUCAAAGAGGUCAUACAGAAGAGAAACGCUAUAAAUGCAACAUAUGUGGGAAAAGCUACUCCACGAAGUCAAUACUCAGUAGACAUCAGAGAGUCCAUACAGGAGAAAAACCCCAUGGAUGCAGCAAUUGUGGGAAAGCCUUCUGCCACAAGUCCUCCCUCACUAAACAUAAGAAAACUCAUAUGAAAGAGAAAUGUGUGGAUUCAGUCAAGGUGGAAAAUGAUUCCCUUGGGAACCACAGCUCACUAUGUACCACAGAACCCAUACAGGAGAAAAACUCUUUUGAAACAGUGACAGUACAAGGGCCUUCUGUGGCAGUGCAGACAUCAUUAAACAUCAGUGGGUUCCUAGCCCAAGGGAAUGUAGUCCUUGUGGGACAGCCUGUUGCCAGAUGUACACCCUCAGGAGAUAACAGAGAAUUUACACAGGAGAGAAACCUCAUGAAUGCAGUAAAUGUGGUAGUGCCUUCAGUUACCAAUUAUGUCUUAUUUUAUGUCACAGGAAAUGUGUAGGGAUGAUUUGGUACAUUCAAUGUGGAAAAGCCUUUUGAUCAAAGUUUUAACUUUUUAUAUAGUUAAAAAGUUUCACUGAAAGAAUACUAAUGAAUGCAGUGACAAUGGAAAGAUAUACCUCAUUAAGUAUCAGUGGCAGUUAGUAGGUUGAAUUGUAGCGAGUGUGACUUCAAAAUCAUCAAUAAAUUCACAUCAGAAAGAAAUUUUAGGAAGGCAGUUGUGUCAGGUCCCUAAGACCACCCUCACAUUUGAUUAUCUCUAAAAGCACUCAUCAAAUUCAUAAAAGCUGCUAUACUUAUGGCUACAGUUUAGGACAGUGAAAAUUUACAAAUUAAAAUUAGCAAAUAUAAAAGGUACAUAAGGCAGACUUUAGGAGAAACCAGGUACAUCCAGUUGUCCUCCCAAUGGAGUUGUAUGGACAGUGCUUAAUUCUUCCAGCAAUGAUCUGACAACACAUAUGGUGUAUUGCCAACCAGAGAAACUCACCUGCGCCUUAGUGCCCAAGGUUUUUACUGGGGGUUAGUUAUGGAGGCAUGGAGAAACCACAUGACUGACCUUAACUUCUCAAACUCCAACCUCCUGAGGGUCAGACUAAUAACAGCAUGGCCCAGAGCCCCAGGCAAACAAAAGCAGGUGUUCACCAAAAAUCACAUUGUUAGCAUGUACUCUGUGGCGUGGCCCAAACCCCCAGGUACACAGAGACACUCUUAGCAGGCAGGCUAUUCCAAGGGCUUAGAUGUUCCUUCUCAGGUGCCAGUCAAGGGUCAGUCCUUUCUCUGGAAUGUGCAGGGUUUAAACACCCCAAACCUGCCGAGUCAGUCCCUAAUUUGCACAGCAGUGAACAGGACAUGGUUUUCAGUAACAUUGUUUCUCAUCGUGUGUCAGAAAUAAGAAAUGUCUGUGGAUACACUAAGUGUGUAGAACCUUUUGCAGAAUGGCAGAGAUCUCACAAAGGAGAUAAGCUUGUGAUUGCAGUGGAAACUUGUUGACCUCAUUUUCCAUCAGAUUAACACCCUUAAUGUGUAUUUUGAUAGAGAAUGUCUUGAACUCGUUCUCAUUGCUAGGGGAUGACUCCACAACUUAUUUGAAGAUGGUUUAUAGCCAGGUCACAUUGUACCUCUUAUACCUAAAUCUUCCAUCACUUUGCUGUAUUCUUUUAGAAGCAUGUUGCUAGGCCAGCGCAUACUGAAGGGGAGAGUUGAGAAUCUUUGAGGGCCUUCUUAGAGCCAGCCUGCCAGAAUAACGAUUUUCAGGGAAAAGGACAUUCUUUGCCAAGAGUUGCUGUGGUUUUCUGCUUAAGCAGUGCUUGAACAGAACCUGGUGCUUGCCCUGCAACCCUCCUCUCCGCCCCCCAACCUGGCCAUGCAGAGCCAGACUUCUGCCGCCUCCUUACAGCACCCCUGGAUGUCUCCCAAGGCAUCUAUCACUGCUCCAGUGCAGUGAGCUACUGCUGCUGCUUCUC